CUCACCCCCUCCUCUCCGAGCUCGAGCUCUCCCCCUCCCCUUCACGUCUACUCAUUCCCUCCUCCCUCAUCCUCCGCGUCCUCUCCAAGCUCCGAUCCUAUCCCCAAAUCGCCCUCGCUAUCGCCCCCGACCUUCUCGGCCCCGCGAGGACGAUCCUCGACCCGGCGAUCCGAUCCAAGCCCUCGGCGGUGCCGCUUCUCGAUUCGGUGCACCGAUCCAUUGCGAUUUUCUUGAUUUUAGUUAGCAUUAAUUUUAGUGUCCAAGGACUCCAAACACUCUACCACAAAUACAAUGUGCAUCAUCACAAGGGCUUUCUCUGGUCUUUCUAGAUUUCAAAGCACCUGGCGAGCCCAAAUUUUUCGAGUCAUUUGAGCUAAAACAAGAGGAGGCAGAAGAUGUUUCUUUCAAGCAGGCAGCUUUAAUCUCUUCAAAAAAGCUUUUGUUGAAUGCAUCCUUGUUUUGCUUAUUAUUUUGCACUUUGUGCUUUGCUCUACUUUGAUCCUCUACUUUGGUCCUCACCUCUAUUGUACAAUUUUGCUAACUUUAUCUAAUCUUCUUUAGUCAUUGCUGAUAUAUUUCUGGAGAAGAGCUAAAAAUCACGGUGUGGAAGAGGAUAUUACGGAAGAGAGGCUUCAAUUUUGGAUCGAUCGCAGCACUCAAACAGCAACUUCCCAUGAUGCUGUUGAUGUGGAGAUGAUUAAAUCUAAAGUCCAGUAGUUUGAGUUAGCUGUGGAAUUGAGUUCAAAGGUUUUGAUUGUUGAGUAAAUAAAGAUUUAGAUCAUUUUAUUUAUAUAUCUGCUCCAUAUAUCUGCUCCUAUGCCUUUACCAAGGUAUGAGUUGCCGAUUUUCUACCCGGCUAAUGAAUAUCUGCAUAGCUUCCUUUUGUAAGGCUAGGAAGUUGGUGCAGGCUGAGGCUGUGCUUGUCGACGGGAUACGACUCGGUUGCCUUCCUGAUGCUGUAACCUAUAACACCUUGAUCAACGCAUACUGCUGCUGUGUUGGGCUAGAUGAAGGGUACUCAAUUAUCUACAGAAUGAGAGAGGCGGGGGUGAACCCUGAUGUUAUUACAUACAAUUCACUGAUCGCAGGGGCUGCUCAGCAUUGCCAGCCCUUACGGUCGCUCGAUCUUUUCGAGGAGAUGUUGCAAGCUGGGAUCACUCCUGAUUCUUGGAGUUAUAACAUUUUGAUGCAUUGCCUAUUCAAAUCAGGUUAUCCCGAGGAUGCCUACAAGAUUUUUCUUGAUAUGACCUCGAAAAACAUCACCCCUUCUCCUACCACAUAUAACACUUUGAUCAACGGGUUGUGCAAGCAUAGGAAGGAAUCCAAUGCUUUGAGACUCUUUAGGAACUUGCAAAGAAUGAAUUUCCCUAUGGAGCUUGUGGCAUACAAUACGAUGAUUGAUGGGCUUUGCAAAUCCGGCAAGUUAAAUGAUGCUAGAAAGAUCCUUAAGGAGCUCGGAGAAACAAGCCUUGUACCCGAUACCAUAACUUAUACGACGGUUAUGAAGUGUUGCUUUAGAUAUGGAAAGGUCGAACAAGGUCUUGAGAUUUUUUCCUCAAUGAUAGACAACGGACACACUUCAGAUGUUUUUCCGUAUUGUACAGUAAUUAGUAUGUUACUUAAGAAAGGUAGGAUCAAAGAAGCUAGUACUUGUGCAGCAUCAAUGAUAAAAAGUGGCAUUCAGCUUGACAAAGCAUGUUAUAAUACUCUAAUCUAUCUCCAUUGCAAGGAGGGCAAUUUGGACAGUGCGUUCCAGUUGUUGAGUGCUAUGGAACAACGUGGCCUCGAGAGUGACGAAUACACAUUUUCUAUACUGGUUGAUGGCUUAUGUAAGAUAGGCUCCAUUGAUGCUGCUGAAAAGCUAUUACAUUUAAUGGAGAUGAGGGGUUUGGAUUCCAAUUUGGUAGCCUAUAAUUGCUUGAUUGAUGGGCUGUGUAAGUUUGGUGAGGUGGAUAUGGCCAUCAAGCUACUUAAUAGUAUGAAGUGGAAGGAUUCUUUUGCAUACACAUCAUUAGUUCACGGUCUCUGCAAGGUGCGUAGGUUCCAAAUGGCAUCCAGAUUCUUGCUAAAUGGUUUAAAGGGAGGCACUAAUGUGCUAACGUCUGCCCAACGUGCUGUUAUUUCUGGUCUUCGCCGAUUUGGGUUUAAAAGGGAUGCAAGGAAACUCCGGUCCGCAAUACAUGUUGCUCGACUUUUGCAGUAGUGUGCUAAGUAUGAAAUAGUAUGACAUGACAAGAGCAUGUAAUGUUGUAUGUGACUCAGGAAGACUUGCCAUGAUUGGGGAAUAGUUUUGGGAAGAGAGAAACAAACUGCUUAAUGAUUUCUUUCAACUGCGGGACUCCUUGAAAGUUGAAACAAAAGUUGGCACGUGCAACGUGAGUGCCUUUAAUGACUCUGUGAAAACCCUUUUUGGGAUCAUUCAAACUAACUUUUUGGCUACUAUUCAGGCUUCUUUUUUUUUUUUUCAACGCCAUGAUCAAUUUUCAAGAUGCAACUCUACAUUGUAUGCUGAAAGCACUGCACUUUCUUUUAAUGCGACAGUGCUAGCUUUUAUCACUUCGGAUAUCCGUCUGCCCUUAAACUUGACUUGCAACUUACCCUGGAAAAUGCUCUCACGCCGCUCUUCUUUAUAUAUAGAACGUCAGUGUAUGCAGCGAGAGGUGCCAAAUCAUGCCUGUUUGCCCAUUAAAGUUGCAUUGCAUGUGACCUGGGUUCAGAACAUCGAUCAUGGGACUGUUUGGUUCAUAUGCUGUGAACCAUGUAGAGCAACAAAAACUCCACAGACUGCCCAAUCGACAACGAUGUACAAUAAACCUCUGAUUCUGGUCACUCUUUAUAAUAUGUGAAUUCAAAAGGAUUGGAGCAAAUGCUGUACACAGUGGAUGCCUGGUUAUGAGCUAUUUAUUUAUUUUCUAGUGAGCGAAGGGAUGAUCCUAAGAAGGCAAGUCAUAAUAAGAAGCUUCAGCUUGUGUAAAAUGCCUAAUCUGCACUUUAUUUAUAACCUACACAGAAGAGACAAAUUGGUAUUAUCAAUUCCUUAGAGCUCGAUAUAGAGAUUCAUGGCAUUCUUGCAUCAGUUACUUUGGUGAGAUGUGAUGGGAAAUUAUAUACUCCAGUAUUCAGAUCAUCAGAGAGUCAUGCUCAUUUGAAAUGGUUGCUAUCUUCAUUGUAUUCUUGCAUCUUUUGCUAAGGGAGCAUUACAAAGAAUCCAAGAUUGCUAUUUUCCUGCAAGAAGGGAUCUAUUAAUCUAUUUUUUCUUUUGAUUCCUCGUUCUCCUAACGAGCAAGAAGCCAUGAAAGUUCUCUGCUGUGGCGUUGUUUGCUAACCUCACUCAUAAAAUUGAAUGUCAACUGUUCUUCGUCAAUAAAUUUUUAGUGUGUUUAGCUACAAAUAGCAUAAAGUCGAAACCUUCUGAGGCAAUUGUGGAGGUAACAUGCCCUGGAAUAUGUGUAAAUUUUCCUUUUAUUGGUAUUUUAAUAGGCCAUAAACACUUCAUGGAUUAUUACUCAGCA